UAUUACGGCCAUUUUGAUUUUUUUUUCUUCCGUCAAUAUCUUUAUAUCGGCGUCGGCCGUGCAACGUGCAUUUGUGAAAAUUAGCUUGCAAAGAAACUAGUAAAUACAAUGGGCGUACAGGUUGUGCCAAUCUCUCCCGGUGAUGGUAGCACAUUCCCCAAGAACGGCCAAAAAGUGUCGGUCCACUACACGGGCACUUUGGACGAUGGCAAGAAGUUUGAUUCCUCUCGCGACCGCAACAAGCCUUUCAAGUUCACCAUUGGCAAGGGCGAGGUAAUCCGUGGCUGGGAUGAAGGAGUAGCUCAACUCAGCGUUGGACAGCGUGCCAAGUUGAUUUGCUCGCCGGACUACGCCUACGGUAGUCGUGGCCAUCCUGGUGUCAUUCCUCCCAAUGCCACCCUCACCUUCGAUGUGGAGUUGCUCAAGGUCGAAUAAAUUGCGACCGUUAGCGGAGGGCUGGAGCGCGUAUUAUGAGCAGCAGUGGGAAGUGGGCGGCGCAGUGUAAUGGACCCACUGUAGUAUACAUAUAUGCGUUGUUGGGAGGGGUAGCUGCAGCUGCUGUCUGUAUACCAACUCUCAACACACACACAACCCCAUAACGCUUAUGUAUAUAGAACAUCAGCUCGACGCUCCAGCUGCAGGAACAUUCUCAACUAAAACCACUACACUAAACAACCAAACAAGAACAAUCCAGCAGCAUUUUAAAUUCUAUUUUUACGCAAAAGAGAUUGGCGAAUUUCGCGGCUCUAUCCAACCGCAGACAUCUAGAUUUAAUUAACUCAAUGCUAUUGAAAAAGGAAAACGCAUCUACGCAUACAAAUAAACAUUUAUUCAAGUCAAUGACAAAA